GAUUAUGGGGCUUGUGGUUCCCGGCACUUCCGCAUCCGCUGGGUUAGGGAGGGGAGUGAGGGACACGCCGCCUGUCAGGGCUUGGGAUGGAGGGGCCAGAAGUGGGGGCCCUGAUACAGGAGGCCCGGGAGAGUAUAGAGGCGGCUCGGAACUACAGGAAUGAACUGCAGCAGCGAAUGGGCGCCCUGGCACUGGCACGGACACAGAUUAAAGAGAGUGCGGCCCAGACGUGCCAUGCCCUGCGCCAACACUUUAUCGAUCUGAAGGCCUCCAUAACCAAACUGCUGGACGAGCGCCAAGAGACCCUGAUACAGGAGGUGAGCGCCAUCGAACAGGACAAUAUUAAACCCCUGGAUGAUUGUCAGAAGCUCUUGGAACAAGGGGUCAACACGGCUGAUGACUUGCUGAAAGAAGGUGAAAUGGCUGUUUCAGGCAUUGCUGGAAAUAACGAAAACCUGUAUAACUUUACAAACAAGGCGCUUCACAAUCAGCUGGACAGUUUGCCGGAGGUGCCGUCUCUGGUGGAAGUGCCGUGUCUCUCGGCGCAGUUGGACGAUAUCUUCCUACCCCUGGUGCGAGACCUUAUAUGUAAGCUGGGAAGCGUGGCAUCCAGGCCGCCGGUACAAAUGGAGGAGCUGAUAGAGAGGCCGGGGGCAAUCCUGGUGAGGUGGUGUAAGUGUGAUGAUGACUUUGUGGCCCAGGACUACCGGCUCCAGUACCGCAAGAACACCGGCAGCCACUAUGAAGAUGUGUACGUGGGCAGUGAGUCGGAAUUCCUAGUGCUGCAGAUUGACCCCCACGUGGACUAUCAGUUCCGAGUGUGCGCUCGGGGGGAUGGGAGGCAGGAAUGGAGCCCAUGGAGUGUCCCGCAGACUGGCUGCACCACCCUGGUCCCCCAUGAGUGGAGCCCCGGCUAUGACGGUUACAGUUUAAGCAGCAGGAGGAACAUCGCCCUUCGGAACGACUGUGUGAGCCACGGAGCCCUCUAUUCCAAAGCUGCCACCUACCUGCCUGGGCAAACCCUGACAUUCCGGGUGGAGAGCGUGGGGCAGAUGGACAAGCGUGACAGUAUCGGGGUGUGCGUGGAGCGGCGCUAUGACUGUGAGUCGCUGCAGCGGGACGCGGCCGUAUGUGUCAGUACCAGCGGUGCUGUUUAUGUGAAUGGAAAAGAAAUGACCAACCAGCUCCCCCCUGUUUCCCCUGGAUGCCCCAUCACCUUCGACAUGGAGAUCAUGACCUCGGGACAAGCCAACAACAACGAGGGCCCCCUCCAAAAACGGAGAGUAACAAUCAGUUCCAGCAACCGGGAAGUGGUGUUUGAUUGGUUGCUAGAAGAGUCAUGUGACUCCCUCUACUUUGGUUGUUCCUUUGUUCACCCUGGCUGGAAGGUGCUGGUGUUCUGAGCCCCCUGAUAAGGACAGGAUAGAGGUCAGAGCGGCCCCCUCAGAAUUGCCCAUCAGUGUUAGAGCUGUUCCCAUAAAGCCACGUGUCUGCCCCAUGUAGCUCAGGGUCUAAAAGUGCCUCCCCCUUCCACGAUUGCCAUUGCUGUGCCUGGGUAUUGGGCAGCUAGAGAACUACAGGGAGAUGUAGUUCUGGGAGAUGUAGUUCUGUGCUGUUCCCUGGAGGAGGGACUAGAGCUCUGCUAAUGAAUCCUCUUGUGCUAUGCAAGUCAGUCCCAGACUAUUACUGCUGGCUCUCUGGGCUGGACCUGUAGCUCAGGCAUAUUGGAAUAGCCCCCAAGUGAGGUUGCAGGGGGGCAGCACCCUUGCUUUGCUGCUGCUGGGGUAUGAGUGCAGCUCAGGGUAUAAGAAAAGUUCCUAUAUAUACAUAUAUUAUUGUUACAGAUGUAUUUUUAUACACUUAUUUACUUGUUUAUGUGAAUGGGUCAGUGCCAAACGCUGCUCCAACUGUCAGUUCCCAGGGGAACAGCCCAUGUCACUAUGGGAUGGUGGGGGGAGAUCUGCUGGGCUUCAGUCUAAUCUGUACUCCAACCCUGCUACCCAGGGGAGGGAACUAAUACCGCUGCCUUCUCAUGUUCAGUUGGGAUUGGGGGGGGGGGGUCUGCUGUUAGGGCCUUUACUUGUUGCCCCUAAUACAGUGUUUAACCCUGUAAUGUGAAUGUCAGUGAGGAAUGAGCAGGAUGGUGUAUGGCAGUUCAGCUGUGCCAGACAUUCCGAUACCCCAUAUAUCUAUCUGGGCCGGGGUAGGGGGGGUCACGCCUUUGCUGUGUGUAGCUCUGUGUCUGCUGAUUGGCCCCACAGGGUAAUACAGGUGGCACCAGUGGGUAAGGGAUGAUGCUAAGCGUAAGCUCCCCAGGUAGGCAGCAUGUACCCAAGAGCUGACUGUUAGGGGCAGAUUUAUCAAUGUGUGAGUCUUUAAUCCCCCCACUCUCUAAAACUUAUACCAAUCGAUAAAUAUACCUUUUAAAAUCACUUACGAAUGGGGGGAGGGGGGGAGAUUUAAUUUCCCAGUGUGAUGAAUCUGUCCCUUAGUAUGCAGGGAUGAUGGUACUGAGCCAUUAAUGUGACAUUUUGCCUCUGAGCUUCUAAUGAAUUCACCCCAGUGGUUAUUGCUCGUGACAAUCCUACCCCCGCCCGGGGCUGGUUAUUGUGCCUUGGGUAAUGUAGAAAUGGCUUGCGCAGCUUCUCCAUGUUCUUUUCUAUGAAUAAAGUGCUUUUCUCUA